AGCAGUGAGCGAGAGACAGAGAGAGAGAGUGUGAUUGUGUGUGUGUGUGUAUGUGCAUGUACAAGAGAGACAAGGAGAGUGAGUGAGAGAGAGAGAGGAGGUAGUAAGCCUGCCAGAGAUGCACAGUAGACUCCGGAGUGCCCGUGACUGUGACAGUGCCGGUGACUGUGACUGUGCCAGCGUGCUUGUUUGUGGGAGUAGCAGUAACAGUAGCAGCAGGAGCAGCUAAGAAGAAGAAGAAGCCGACACAGCCUCAAGCGCCAGAGUCAGGGCCAAAGGGACUAUUACCACCACCACCACUACAAGUACCACUACUACUACUACUACAGUAGCCGCAUUGGAAGGAGCUGUGGAGGCAGCCGCAGGAGGAGUAGGAGAGGGUGUGGGAGCGGUGGGACCUGGUGGAGUAGAACCAGGGCUAGAAGCUCCAGGGGAAGGGUCACCACCACAACCACCACCACCAGGGACCAUGUCUCAGCUCCAGCCCCAGACGCAGGGCUCCGGCUCUGGGUCGGGCUCCUCCGGGAAGAGCAAGUCGGGCCAGUCAAAGAAAGCCGGCAUCCGCGCGGCCGUGAUCCUCAUCGGGCUCCUGCACAAGUCCCGGCGGCAGAAGGAGAGAGAGAAGGAGAAGGAGAGAGAGAGGGAUAGACAGAAGGAGAAAGAGAGAGAGAGGGAGGCGGAGGAGUAUGAGUGGAAGCAGGAACUGCUGAACAUUUCUAACGUUCCUCUGGGAGAAUGUCCACCGUCUCCUCCACGCACGGCUCCACCCAACCUGAAGUCGGCGGAGUUCUUCGACAUGCUGGAGAGGAUGCAGAUCCCCAUGGCCGAGGAGACUAAGCAGAGCGGGAGGAGUAAGGAUGACUACAUCCCCUACCCCCGGAUAGAAGACGUUCUUGAGAAAGGCGGGCCGUACCCACAGGUCAUCCUGCCCCAGUUUGGGGGCUACUGGAUCGAGGACGCCGAGGCCCCCCUGGGCACCCCCACCUCGUCGGACAGCAGCUUCUGCGAGGAGGAGGACUGGGGCGAGGGCAUGAGCCCCGGCGGCGGGUUCGGCUACCGGCUGGAGUGCAACAGCAUGGCGCGGGCCUACCGCAAACACUUCCUGGGCAGGGAGCAUAUGAAUUACUACUGUACAGCGAGCAGUGUGGGGAACCUCAUUAUGUCUCUGAAGCACGAGGAGGUCGAGACGCAGGAGUUCCUACGCAUCAUAUUGAGGUCGAAAACGAAGACACUUCAUGACCGGAUCUCCCUGGCUGGGCUGACACAGCUGCCUAGCGUGCCACAGAUAGCCAAGCUUUUUUGUGAGGAGGCUACCGGCCUGAAGUUCAAUCCAGUUCUCUACCCAAGGGGUUCCCAGCUGAUUGUCAGCUAUGAUGAGCACGAGGUCAACAACACCUUCAAGUUCGGCGUCAUCUACCAGAAGUUUGGCCAGACAUCAGAGGAGGAGCUGUUUGGGAACAACGAGGAAACGCCGGCCUUCACAGAGUUCCUGAGCGUUCUGGGAGAUACUAUCGAGCUCCAGGACUUCAAAGGGUUUCGCGGGGGCCUGGAUGUGUCUCAUGGUCAGACAGGAACGCAGUCGGUCUACACAACCUUUCGACAGAGGGAGAUCAUGUUCCACGUCUCUACAAGGCUUCCCUUCACAGAGGGAGAUGUCCAGCAGUUGCAGAGGAAGCGUCAUAUUGGUAAUGACAUCGUGGCGGCGGUGUUCCAGGAGGAGGCCACGCCCUUCGUGCCGGACAUGAUUGCCUCCAACUUCCUGCAUGCCUACGUACUCAUACAGGUCGAGAAGCCCUGCACCGAACACACCACCUAUAAGGUGUCAGUCACAGCCAGAGAAGACGUACCUGCAUUUGGCCCCCCUCUCCCCAACCCUGCUGUUUUCAAGAAGGGCCCUGAGUUUCGAGACUUCCUGCUGACCAAGCUGAUCAAUGCGGAGAACGCCUGCUACAAGUCAGACAAGUUUGCCAAGCUGGAGGGUCGUACCCGGGCCGCCCUGCUGGAUAACCUCCAUGAUGAGCUGCACCGGCAGACUCAGGCCACGCUGGGGCUGGGGACCCCGGGGGACGAGGACAAGCUGGAGAACGGCGGCCACGGCGGCCUCCUGGAGUCCUUUAAGAGGGCCAUGCGUGUGCGCAGCCACUCCAUGGAGACGAUGGUGGGGUCCCAUCGCCACCGCAGCCCCGGGGUGGGAGGGGGCGUCCCAGCCAGCCUGAGCGGAGGGGGCCUCCCCCAGCCCCCCAUGGAGUGCACCAAGAGCACCUUCACCCCCCCUGUGCUGUCGGCAGCCAAGUCUCCGCUGAAGAGUCCAGUGAAGCGCCGCUCGGGCCUCUUCCCCCGCCUCCACUCCAGCACCGACAGCCCUGCCACACACCUCCGCAGUGAUCCAAAGACGCCAGAGGUGUGCCCCCAGUUGCAGGAGGGCAAAUCAGAGACCUCGUCCAAUCCCAGCUCCCCGGAGAUCUGCCCCAACAAGGAGAGGCCCUUCGUGAAGCUGAAGGAGGGUGGGAGUGGCAGUGGGAGUGGCAGUGGGCGGAGCAACAUCUCUCGCUCCUCCUCCAGCACCAGCAGCUUCAGCAGCACCACAGGAGAGGGGGAGGGGCUAGAGGAACUCAUGGAUACACAGAGCAGCCACCACUCCACAGCCUCCUCAGUCUUCAGUCCAUCCCUGAGUGUGGACAGCCAAACAUCCAGCACCCCGCUCAUCAUGUGCCGCAGUCCAACAGCAGAUGGGAAGAGUAAAACAUCGCCAAGGUCAAACUUGAAGUUCCGCUUUGACAAGCUGAGCCACUCUCCAACGGUAAACGCCCCUGAAGAGCCCACAAAACCAUCACGGUUUUUUAAUGACAUUUUGUGACCUUUGAUGUCCUGUAUAAUCACAGAAUCAUACGUAGCUUUUGGUGUCAUAUCCGUCUUGUAAUCAGCGAUGCGCAACUUGGAUUCAGUAGUUACAAUCCAGUGCCAUGUAUUCUGAAUGACCUGGUUUUACCCGUCCAGUACACACAGGUGAUUGCCUGGUUGAAUGAUCAUCUGGUUGAAUUGGACAGGUACAGUAAGGCCAGGUGGAAUAUGUGGCACUAGAUUAGUAGGUCUAAUGAAUUCAUGUUGCCCAUCACUGCUUGUAAUAUAUAUCACACAAUCCAACCAGGUUCUCUUCUCUCUGCAGGGACAUUAGUGUGCGUGUUUGUGUGGGCUGCAUGAACCAGAGGUGAGUCUGGCAAAAACUUGGUUUACCUUUUUUUUCGUAAUCACACGCAUCCAGAUAAAAUAACAUGCCCCCCUAACUCACCCCUGAAAACACAAAAAAAUAACUCGCUGUUUGUGUAUAUUUUAUGUUCAUGUUUGUGACCUGUUUGGCGAAGCCAGUGCUAAGGAGACGACAGGGCGUAAAAGAACUCCUCGAACCUGACACAAAUGGUGGGCUACAAUCGCACAGGAACAGAGGGAUGGAACCCUGGCUUCUGGAAUCCUCAUCCAUUGUGACAGCAUACUCCUCAGAGCAUACUACUCCUACUCCAGCGAGCAGACUUAGAAGAGCAUACUUUGUAGAGUGUACUUCACAUCUUCACACAGCAGCAGCAUUGUCCUGCCAGAUAUAAGAGCAUUCCUUUCCCUGCAAAACACCAAGCCCAGCCAUGCAGCCAGAUGCACAGACUGGGAAGGGGGGGGGAGAAAACAGCUUUUAGUCUUACUUGAUUUUUGUUUUGUUAUUAUUUUGAAAGAAAAGCUAAAUGUGCUGCAUCUUUUACUAAAUGUGUCUGUUACGGAGCUAUGCCGCUGUACGAAACUGUGCCUCGUUUCUGUGUCCCGUAAGGCGCGAACGUAUAUCCUUCUCUCUCUCUCUCUUUCUCUCUCUCUCUUUCUUUCUCUCUCUCUCUCUCUCUCGCCAUCUCUCUUGCUCUUGCUUUUUUCCCACAAGCCUUAGAUCAAUAGGACACUCCCAAGGUGCAUUCUGUCUCUGCACCACGCCAUGACAAGUGUGCUCAAACACACACACAAACACGUUGAUAUUUAAUUUUCCUCAGUGUGUCAUCUAUGUGUUUCACAUAAAAGUAUAGCAACGUGACUUGUGACUACAGACCUCUUUUCCUGUACAAAAAAAAAUGUAUAUCUACAGUAUAUCUAUACGUAUGUCUUUGGAUUUUUACGUCCAUUCGGCACUUAUUAGAGCAGCAUAGCACAUUGCAGGAAGAGAGAGACGGUUCCCAGUUCUUUCCCUCGUUUUGCUUUGUUGGUACGGAACGUCCACUUUCACAUAGAGGCGUUGCUGAUGCACCAUAGAGCUGUAGGCGUUUAUGUCCAGGAGGUGAGGGACUGUCAGGGAGGCGAGGGGCUCAGAGUUUUGUCCAGUCCUGGGCCCAGUCAAGGCUGCCGCCGGCCCUGUUGCUCAGUAGCCAAUCAGAGAGAAAUAAGCUGGAAAAAAAGAAAACACAAUUACCUACAUCAGUUAAGGAAUUUGUCUUUAUGACUCUUCGCUUCUGUGACGACCAUAUGAUAACCUGCACCACUAAAAUCUUGCAGCUUUAACCGCGUAAUAGGGGACACAACACAAAGGAAUGACACGAGAUCACGCACAGUGGUGUAAAACUUAUACCAACCAUUGUAUUUGUGGACCACUAUUUUUUUAAGAACUUGUUUUUCCCUCAGUGCUUUUGUGUUCUGUAGUGCAAUUUUAGACAAAUGAAUAUGUGUGUUGAGUCUGAUGUACCAUGUUUGGCCUUUACUGUCGCUUAACGCUUGUCUUACUUAGCCAAAAAAAAGUGGAGGUUUCCUCUGACUCUCUGAGGCAUAGGCUAAAAUACCCAUGAGUUCACUUUGUGCUAUACUCUCACUGUGUGAGAAGACGACAUGGGGAGGGAAGAGGUCUAUGUGGUGGAAACUUACAUGUCACAUGGGUUUUCUAGUCCUUCGUGACAUUGUGAGCACACACACAAACUCUUGUGUGGUUGGGGGGGGGUUCAGGGAUUCAAGGCUCUGUGGGUGUGAUAUAUAAUGAAUAUGCACACUUUUUGUGUGUGAGGAAUCGGAUGACAACGUAAAAUAUUGGAUGGGGGAAGGGGAGGGGGGGGCAAUUCAUGGUAAGCAACAAAGUACCCAUAUCCAAGAAUGAAGAAAGAAUGUCCAUUAUUUCACACACAGAGCUUCAGUGUGUUAACCACACCAAUGUAAAUGUAAACAUGCAUCUAUGAUCUUAUGAAGAUAUACGAAACAGAGGAAGCUCAGCUCAAGGGUUGAUGUCAUUUGAUAAACAUUCAUGAAGUAAACAAAAGAAGAAUGCUAUGCAAAGUAACAACCUUGACUAGCAACAUUAGUGUUCAGGGGUAAACAAACACAUAUACUCCUGAGCAGCUGAAGAGAGGAAUUUGGUAACACUUUAUUUUAGGGAUACAUCUAUUAGCACUAAUACAUACAAUAUUAAUGCCUGCAUAAGUAACUUGUAAGGCAUGUACUAAGCAAAUGCUAAGGCCUACUAGGUCCUUACUAAGGUUAAAUUGGUAAUAAUUCCCUUAUUGUGCAUGAACAAGACAUUUGCGAAUACAUGCCUAACAAAUGUUUGAUUUUGCUUUGUACAUGCCUGACAUGUUACUUAUACAGGCACAUUGUAUGUAUUAGUGCUAAUAGAUGUAUCCCUAAAAUAAAGUGUUACCAAGAAUUCAAAUGUCUUAGGGGAAGAAGUUUGACUGAAGAGCUUUUGCGUCCUACUACGCAUAGUUGACCUUUGAGCAAAAACAAAAAUCCCACGUUACUGCACUGUAGAAUAGCCUCACCUCUGCUGUCUAUUGUACACUGUUCUUCUCCAGAUGUUUUUUGUGUUACAAAAUAUCAUUCAUAGAGACUGACGAACACUCUGCUGCGGACGGAGAGCACACAGUGGGUGCACUACAAGUCAGUAGAGUUUUCAUGGUGGGGGGUGUUCAGUGGUGUAGUCUAUGUAGAACGCGGGUAUACGGAGUAUACCCACUUCUAAAUUUCAAGGAUUUCAGUAUACCCACCUAAAAUUGAUUGAUCCAUUGUUUUGAAUAGCACAAAUAUAUACAGUAUACCCAAUUCAAAAAAUGCUCAAAUAUACAGUAUACCCACCACAAAGAAGUAGACUACACCACUGGGGGUGUUGGGCAAAACUGUUUCCUGUGGGCCCAGAGUUGGUGGGUUGACCUUUGUCCAGAGCUGCGAAUGAUUUCUUUUGUAGGACAGUGGCAGAAGUGUGUUUCAGACUAUAUUUCCGCUUCUCACAGAGAACUAUGUCCCGUUUUUGUUUAUUUUUUGUUGUUGUUGUUUUUUUAUGUUAAGGGUGUGAAGUUUUAACACCUCAAGGUUGUUGAGUGAGAUUUAUAAUUUAUUGAUUUUCACAUUUGUGUUGUCAUGUAAAAAAAUAUAUUAAUUGAAGAGUACAUUUUGAAGAGUGAAUUAAGGGAAAUUAUUAUUUAAAAGGAAUACACAUGUAUAUGUAUAUUUGGUUAUGUAAUGUGCCAUUAAGAAUUUAUUAUGGAAUAAAAAUGUUGUAUUUUGUGUCACGUUUGGGUUGCAUUUCCUCAUUGCUUGUCUGACUUGAAAGUGAAAGUUCCCCCAUAUCUCAGCAACCUUUCUGCUGUGACUGAUUUUAAACAUAAAUACUAUUUACCUUUUUUUAAUUAUUUUGUGGAUUGCACAGCACAGUGAAGACCAUAACAUGAAGAGAGUGGGAGAGAACGACGGGGUAGGGCUAGGAAAUUACCCACACGGGACUUGAACCUGCAGUCAUCAUGGCAUGUAAGCCCAAUCAUGG